AAGUCAAUUCAUACGUUCACGAGACCGCAUCUAUUCCCUUAGUACGCUGUCAACCACCGAACCGUUUGCAUAAUUGUUGGCUGCACUUUUUCACUUCUCAGUUCUCACCUCUUUCUGUCAUUCUUCUUUCAUACACUUUUAUUUUCUCUAUGGACCCAAACACAACCGAAACCGAGUGGGGUUCGAAGGCAUGGCGGCUUCUCUCCGAGGUCCGUUCCCAAUCCCCACUCAUUCAAUGCAUCACCAACUUCGUCUCCAUGGACAUCGUCGCCAACACCCUCCUCUCCGCCGGCGCCUCCCCCGCCAUGCUCCACGCCGCCGAGGAGCUCCCCGACUUCACCCCGCGCGCCGCCGCCCUCGUAGUCAACGUCGGCACGCUCUCCCCCUCCUGGCUCCCCGCCAUGAAGGCCGCCGCGCGCCUUUGCAUGACUCUCGCCACGCCCUGGGUGCUCGACCCCGUCGCCGCCUCCGCCUCCGCCUUCCGCCUCGACGCCUGCCGCGAACUUCUGAAGCUCAGGCCCACCGUCGUCAGGGGAAACGCCUCCGAGAUCAUCGCGCUCUCCCAAGCCUCCGCCGCCGCACAGCCACACACCAACGCUGCCUCCAAGUCACUACACAUUGUCAAGGGUGUGGACAGUGUUCACAAGUCAAUGGAUGCGGUUGAAGCAGCAAAGUUGUUAGCUCGGACAAGUGGUGCAAUAGUUGCAGUGUCAGGAGCCACGGACAUUGUCACAGAUGGAAAUCGAGUUGUUGGGGCUCAUAAUGGGGUGGCGAUGAUGCAGAAAAUAACAGCAACGGGAUGUUCAGUCACUGCACUGAUUGCUGCCUUUGUUGCUGUUGACAAAAGCCAUGCUUUGGAUGCUGCAGUGUCUGCAUUAGCUGUAUUUGGUGUUGCUGGUGAGCUAGGAAUGAAGAUGGCUAAAGGUCCUGCAUCGCUUCGAAUGCACUUGAUAGAUGAACUCUAUGGGCUUGAUGAAUCUGCCUUGAAUUCUCAUGUUAAUGUCACCAGUUUGUGAUGAAAUGUGAAGAUCUGCAUUCAAAUUGAUAAUUAAUUAUCAUAAAAUUCGCAUGUAUCAUGGUUGAUAGUUGUCUAUCAAUGGUGUCCAUUGGUUGAAUUGGAAGGUGGAUCGUAUUAGUUAGCAAUAGAGAUCCCUCUAUAAUUUAUGUCAAUAAUAAUCACUGGUAGCUACCUCUGGUAAUAACAGUUUGUUCCUGUAGUUAAAAAUAUCUCAUGGUUUCAGCCCUUAAUUUAGUUUGGUCAACAUUUUGUAUGUAUAGGUUUAUUUUGUUGAAAGUUAACUUCGUAAUUUCUGUUUGAUGUAGAGGAAUGGGUUUGGUGGAAAUUGUUUAUGAACUCCUGAUGCAUUGUUAAUCAGAUUGUGAACCGGUAAAGUUGAGUGUAUAUAUGAAUUAACAAAUAACAUUUUCUUAUAUGCCA